AUGGCCUUGCUGGGGAAGCGCUGUGACGUCCCUGCCAACGGCUGUGGGCCUGACCGCUGGAACCCUGCCUUCACCCGCAAAGACGAGAUCAUCACCAGCCUCGUGUCUGCCUUAGAUUCCAUGUGCUCUGCCCUCUCCAAGCUGAAUGCGGAGGUGGCCUGUGUCGCCGUGCACGAUGAGAGCGCCUUUGUGGUGGGUACUGAGAAGGGGAGAAUGUUCCUGAAUGCGCGGAAGGAGCUGCAGUCCGACUUCCUCAGAUUCUGCCGAGGGCCCCUGUGGAAGGAACCGGAGGCCGAGCACCCUAAGAAGGUGCCGCGGGGUGAGGGCUGUGGCCGGAGCAUCCCAAGGUCCUCCCUGGAGCACGGCUCGGACGUGUACCUGCUACAGAAGAUGGUAGAGGAGGUGUUUGAUGUUCUUUAUAGUGAGGCCCUGGGAAAGGCCACCGUGGUGCCACUGCCCUACGAGCGGCUGCUCAAGGAGCCAGGGCUGCUGGCCGUGCAGGGGCUGCCUGAGGGCCUGGCCUUCCGGAGGCCAGCUGAGUACGACCCCAAGGCCCUCAUGGCCAUCCUGGAGCACAGCCACCGGAUCCGCUUCAAGCUCAGGAGGCCACUUGACGAUGGCGGACGGGACUCGAAGGCCCUGGUGGAGUUGAAUGGGGUCUCUCUGCUACCCAAGGGCUCGCGGGACUGUGGCCUGCACAGCCAGGCCCCCAAAGUGCCACCCCAGGACCUGCCCCCCACCGCCACCUCCUCCUCCAUGACUGGCUUUCUGUAUAGCGCUGCCCUUCCCAACCACACCGUCCGAGAGCUCAAGCAGGAAGCGCCUGCCUGCCCACUGGCCCCUGGCGACCUGGGCCUAGGCCGUUCUGGACCGGAGCCCAAAGUCCCCAGUGCUCAAGACUUCCCCGACUGCUGUGGACAGAAGCCCCCCGGGACUGGUGGGCCUCUCAUUCAGAACGUCCACGCCUCCAAGCGUAUCCUCUUCUCCAUCGUCCACGACAAGUCGGAGAAGUGGGACGCCUUCAUCAAAGAGACGGAGGACAUCAACACGCUCCGGGAGUGUGUGCAGAUCCUGUUUAACAGCAGAUAUGCGGAAGCCCUGGGCCUGGACCACAUGGUCCCCGUCCCCUACAGGAAGAUCGCCUGCGACCCAGAGGCCGUGGAGAUCGUGGGCAUCCCCGACAAGAUCCCCUUCAAGCGGCCCUGCACGUACGGGGUGCCCAAGCUGAAGCGGAUCCUGGAGGAGCGACACAGCAUCCACUUCAUCAUCAAGAGGAUGUUUGACGAGCGAAUUUUCACAGGGAACAAAUUUACCAAAGACCCCACGAAGCUAGAGCCAGCCAGCUCACCUGAGGACAUCUCCGUGGAGACUCCCCGUGCUGUUGUCCUCGACCUGGCCACAUCCGCUCGGUCAGACAAGGGCAGCGUCUCCGAGGACUGUGGGCCAGGAACCUCUGGGGAACUUGGUGGCCUGAGGCCCAUCAAAAUUGAGCCAGAGGAUCUGGACAUCAUUCAGGUCACCAUCCCAGACCCUUCGCCAACCUCGGAGGAGAUGACGGACUCGAUGCCUGGCCACCUGCCCUCGGAGGACUCGGGUUACGGGAUGGAGAUGCUGACUGACAAAGUCACCCCGGAGGACUUGCGGCCAGAGGAGAGGCCCGUGGAGGAGAGCCACGGCGACGUCAUCCGGCCCCUGCGCAAGCAGGUGGAACUCCUCUUCAAUACGCGCUAUGCCAAGGCCAUAGGUACCUCAGAGCCUGUGAAGGUCCCCUACUCCAAGUUCCUGAUGUACCCGGAGGAGCUGUUCGUGGUGGGGCUGCCCGAGGGCAUCUCCCUCCGCAGACCCAACUGCUUUGGGAUCGCCAAGCUCCGCAAGAUCCUGGAGGCCAGUAACAGCAUCCAGUUUGUCAUCAAGAGGCCUGAGCUGCUCACCGAGGGAGUCAAAGAGCCUGUCACCACAGAAAGUCAAGGUAGCCUGGCUGGGCUGGAGUUCGCCUCCUCAACUUGGUUUCUCUUCCUGCCCCCAGAGCGGGAAACCAGGGAACCUCUUGUGGACGAGAGCCUGAAGAGGCAGGGCUUCCAAGAAAAUUACGACGCCAGGCUGUCCCGGAUUGACAUCGCCAACACGCUGAGGGAACAAGUCCAGGACCUGUUCAAUAAGAAAUACGGAGAAGCCCUGGGUAUCAAAUACCCAGUCCAGGUCCCCUACAAGCGCAUCAAGAGCAACCCCGGCUCGGUCAUCAUCGAGGGGCUGCCCCCCGGGAUCCCCUUCCGGAAGCCCUGCACUUUUGGGUCACAGAAUCUGGAGAGGAUCCUUGCAGUAGCCGACAAGAUCAAGUUCACAGUUACCAGACCUUUCCAAGGACUCAUCCCCAAGCCUGAUGAAGAUGACGCCAACAGACUCGGGGAGAAGGUGAUCCUCCGGGAACAAGUGAGGGAGCUCUUCAACGAGAAAUACGGUGAGGCUCUGGGCCUGAACCGGCCUGUGCUGGUCCCUUACAAACUGAUCCGAGACAGCCCGGAUGCUGUGGAGGUCACGGGCCUGCCAGACGACAUCCCUUUCCGGAAUCCCAACACGUACGACAUCCACCGGCUGGAGAAGAUCCUGAAGGCCCGAGAGCACGUCCGUAUGGUCAUCAUCAACCAGCUCCAACCUUUUGCAGAAAUCUGCAAUGACACCAAGGUGCCAGCCAAAGACAACAGCAUUCCCAAGCGCAAGAGGAAGCGAGUCUCCGAAGGAAAUUCCGUCUCCUCUUCCUCCUCGUCUUCCUCGUCCUCAUCCUCGAACCCAGAGUCUGUGGCAUCAACCAACCAGAUCUCCCUCGUGCAGUGGCCAAUGUACAUGGUGGACUACGCCGGCCUGAACGUGCAACUCCCUGGCCCACUCAAUUACUGA